AGGGAAGCCUCAAAGAAAAAUUGAAGAAAGAAAAAUGGUAUCUGGACAGUGGGUGCUCUAGACAUAUGACUGGAGACAAGUCACAAUUCUUGAACCUUAAAGCAAUGGAAGGAGGAACGGUGACAUUUGGUGACAAUGCAAAAGGCCACAUCAAAGGUAUUGGCAAAGUAGUUCUGUUUGUUGAUAAAAGGAAGGGAAAUGUUUAUAUUGUUGAUUUUGAUGAUUUAUCUUCAUAUAAUGUAAAAUGCUUAAUGGCUAAAAAUGAAAGUGAGAGUUGGCUAUGGCAUAGAAGGUUAGGACAUGCAUCCAUGCAUUUGAUUUCUAAAUUAUCUAAGAAAGAUCUAGUUAUAGGCUUGCCUAAACUAGUUUUUGAGAAAGAUAAAAUCUGUGAUGCUUGUCAACAAGGUAAACAAACAAAAAUUUCCUUUAAGUCAAAGAAAGAUGUAACUACAUCAAGGCCACUAGAACUUUUGCACUUGGAUUUGUUUGGCCCUAUUGAUGUCACUAGUUUGGGAGAAGAGUCCAUGCAUGUUACUUUUGCUGAAAAUAAUGUUUCCCCGAGAAAGGUUGUUUUGGAUGAUGAUGCAGGUGAAAUUCAAACAAGGUUUGGAGAGCUACAUCUUGAAGAAAAUUCUGGAAAAGGAGAAGGCUCACAAAAACAUAAUGAUGUUCCUUGCCAAGACUUUCCAAAGACAUGGAAAUUCAAGAAAGAUCAUCCUAAAGAACAGAUCAUUGGUGACAUAGAAAAUGGGCUUAUGCAAGGAGAGUUCAAGAUGAGUAUGAUGGGAGAAUUAAAUUUCUUCCUUGGUCUGCAAAUCAAGCAAAGUAAUGAAGGGAUUUUCAUUAACCAAACAAUGUAUACCAAAGAGUUGCUGAAAAAGUUUGGGAUGGAAAAGGCUAAGCCUCAACCCACACCAAUGAGCUCAACCCUCAAACUGGACAAAGAUGAGCAAGGUAAGCCUUUUGAUCAGAAACUUUUUAGAAGCAUGAUAGGUUCAUUAUUAUAUUUGACAGCUAGUAGACCUAAUAUUAUGUUCAGUGUGUGCUUGUGUGCUCGUUUUCAAUCUUGUCCUAAGGAAUCUCAUUUUACUGCAUUAAAAAUAAUCUUUAAAUAUCUUAUAGGAACACAAAACUUAGGUCUUUGGUAUCCCAAAGGAAUGAAUUUUGAUUUAAUUGGUUUCUUAGAUGCUGACUUUGCUGGUAGUAAGAUUGAUAGGAAAAGCACUAGUGGAACUUGUCAAAUUUUAGGAGGUGCUUUGGUUUCUUGGUUCUCAAAGAAACAAAAUUCAAUUGCCUUGUCAACUACUGAGGCUAAGUAUAUUGCAGCUGGUAGUUGUGCAACUCAACUUUUGUGGAUGAAACAACAAUUAGAAGAUUUUGGGUGCAAACAUGAAAGUAUUCCAAUUAGAUGUGAUAACACUAGUACAAUCAAUCUAACCAAGAAUCCAAUUCAACAUUCAAGAACAAAACAUAUUGAAAUUAGAUAUCAUUUCAUUAGAGAACAUGUGAACAAUGGUGACUUAACACUUGAAUUUGUUAAAACUGAAAACCAGUUGGCUGACAUUUUUACCAAACCUUUAAAUGAAGAAUGAUUUUGUUUAAUAAGACAUGGCAUAGGGAUGUAUGAUCCAACUUGUUGAACUUUAAGUAUUAAAGUCCAGUUGUAUUA